UUACAAGUAUGAUAUCUCAGAGGAACUUAAACAAGAUUCGAUUGACAACUUGAAAUGACAGUAACUUGUGCUGUAGUGUUGUGGAGUUUUACGCUAUAAUCCUACAGUUCGGAUGACGUAGCUCAUUGAUAGAUGAGUUUCACCACGUUGGCCUGCUGGCACGACGAAGUAGAGUCGCUACCUCAUAAGAAACCGUUGGAUUUCUUCCUAACCAGAACUAUCUUAAUCUUUCUUCAUCUAUUUAGUUCUUGUAGUUGUCAACACGAUUUGAUUGGGACCCAUCUGCUAGUGUCUGUUAUCGAUUUUCCGCCUGAACAGCGAUUAGUUCUGAAGAUGGCGACAGUAUCUGGUGCUACGAGUAGCUCGGCGAUGCCACUUGCCAAAGACGUGGGUUACAAUAUUCGACAUCGUGCUAUCGACAACGCGACUUCAGUGUCGAGACUAAAUGUUGACGAGAUUAUAGCAAACAAGCAUCUACGGGCAGCAGGUGCACCAUGCUGUGCUGGAAGAGCAGCGGUGCAGGGUCCCACGCCAGUACCUCUCAAAGAUCCAGGCUACGACCCGAGCUUCACUGCCAGGUUGUUUUUUUCUCACAGCUGGUCUAUGCUGCAGUUUUUCGAUGAUUACAGCCAACGGUAGACUUCGGUGGCCUCGUACUACAGCGGGUCUGAAGUUGACAGCAGAAAAAAUCGUGUUUACUUGUCGUCGUGCUCUAGUUCCAGAAUGUAAAUUGUGAAAUAAUCGGAUUAGUAUUUAUACGAAGCAUUCGCUCUUGUUUUCCUUCCUUAGGUUUGCACCGCCAGGCCACCCAUCGUGUGGGAUUCCGCACGAGAGUCACAAUCAUGGUUACAUGCCCGAAUGGCAUGGCAGUGUUCCAUCGAAGUGGAUGGAUUCUGUCACGGGACGGAAUUCAAGUCGCAAGAUCGUGCACACAGCAGCUCGCAACGGCCCUGCAGACUCUUUCACACGGAACAGUUUCUCUUACUUCUCCUUGCCGCACGUACGAACGGAUAGCCGCAGGAUGGUUGGAAGUUGGGUGCCCGACGGUGUUGAAGGCGAGUGGAAACCUCAUCGAAGAACGGUAUUUUUAAGUAGACAGAUACAGCAGACUAAGGAAUAGAAAUCAGUCGAUACUCUGGUAUUCGUAUUGGAAUUUUGCUAAGAUGAAGGUGAUGAACAGGUACGGGUGAUAAGAAAAUCGAAUCCACUGCAAUAUGCUGAUAGAAGCAAUUUCUGAAUCAUUAUAACAUAGAUUUAUAGCCUUGGAUUUUAUAAUUCAGGUAAAGCCUCCGUUCUUGAUCAACAAAGAGGUGCUAGAAGGAGUCAAAUGGACGAAGAAGCCAGGAUACGUUGGGAAAAACGGGUACGGUCCAGACCGGAAGCUACAGAAAACGACAGUCACGAGGAGUCAGUAUCAAAUCGUUUACAGUUAGUUGUGUACUUCGUUAGAAGCGAGUGAAUGUCUUGAUAGUACUCAAGCAGAAAACUCUGAUACGCGUUUCUGCAUCAGGCACUGGUGAAUCAAUGAAUUAGGUGUUGCUUGCUGCAUCAGGCACUGGUGAAUCAAUGAAUUAGGUGUUGCUUGUAACUAUAUUUCAUGUUAUCGUUUUCUCGUUUCGGUUUCCUUUUCUCCAAUCAGUCUUGCAUUCCACUUCUGUUUCUCAGCUCGGAUUCAACUUUGACGCACGACCGGGGAGAAAGGGUCAUGCCUGGUGAUCGUUGGUCUCGCACCCUAGUCCGGAACCUGGAAAACUGGGAGGCAACGAAGCUAGGGAGCAAUGCAUGACGCCUAUUUCCAUAGGACAUGUAUAGGCAAGGGUUUUGACGGGAAUGAGACACCACCUUGACAGCGGUAAGCCUAAGCAAGUAAACGGAAGAUCAUUAAAGAAUGGAUG